GAUUUUAAUUUGACCAAACUAACUGCUUGGAUCUGGAUACCAUAAAUGGUUGUAAUGCUCAUCAUUUCCUUCCAUCAAUCCACCCAAACCAACCUCUUCUUCCAAACGGGUCGACCCUUUUCUUCUCCAUCACUAAUGACUCAAGAAUCGCUGUCCUCUAAUGGCAGCCCCCAUUGUACUCCAAGAAAGGCCAGAAAUGGCCUCAAACCCCACAGCAAAGACAAGAAGAACCCUUACUCCGACCGUGGCCUCGACAAAUUCUCUGCCCUUUUAACCGACCUUGAAGAGAAAAGGAAGAGAAUUUACGCUCAAACUGACCCGGAAAACAUUGUUUUGGUCCGUUUUGCUUACAAGAAUUCAGAUGAGUGUGUUCCUGUGGUUGUGAAACAGAAGGAGAAGAAAGAGGAGAAGCGUGUGAAUGAUAUCAAACCAGCGAUAACCCAGAAGCAGGACGACAAGAAGAGCCUCGUACGAGUGAGAACUUUGAGGAAAUUGAGGAAACCAGAGUUCGUCGAGAUCAAGAACAUCAAUGAGAGGAAAGGAAUAUGCAAGGAUUUUGACUCGAAAUAAGAAUGAACAACCAAUUUGAUCUUUGGUUGUGGAUAAGAUUGUUUAGUUUGUUGUUUUUGUUUGAUGUUUGAUGAGGUUGGAUUUGAAAUUGGAUUCGACUUCGAUGAACAAUGGGUAAUGUAAAUUAAUUAGAGGGGGCAGUUAGGGAGUGAAAUGUGUUAAUUACAAUCACAUUUAGGUUCUAAUUAAGCUUUAUGAACAUUAAUGAUUCUUCUA